UCACUGCUACAGCCUCAGCCCCCCCACACUGACACCGAGCUGCUUCAGGCUGCACGAGUCCCCGCAUCUGGAGAAGAUAGGACGCGCAUUUUGGCAUCUGGAUAACUGUCUCCGUCUAACUCCUGGAGACACAACCCGGUUCAUUACUGCGAGUAGAUCUAACCCGGCAGAUAACCCCCUCCUCUACACAGAUUCAGGUGAUGCCUCUCCUCAGGACUCUGCUGUCAGCCCUGCUGCUGGUUCUGUCUGUGUCUGAGCGUCUGAACAGCCCAGAGGAAAAUGAAAAUGAAAAUGAAGUCUUUAAACACCCAGAGGCGGAGCACACCAAGAGCCAGAAUCAGGUGAUGGAAAAUGUCAUUGGAAAUCUCAGUGAGCCUACACCGAGCAACACACCCAGCACAGCUUUAGAGUCCCUGACUACCACAGUUCCUCCGAGCACCAGUCUUCCUCCUCAGUGUCCGGGGAACCAGGUGAAGCUGGAGAACAGCAGUGUCUGCAGCUGUCCAUCUGGCAUGGUGAAGGAAGGAGACAACUGUAGCUGCCCUGGGGGCUUCACUCUGGAGGGGGCCGCAGGUUGUAAAGCAGCUCCCCUGACUACCACAGUUCCUCCGAGCACCAGUCUUCCUCCUCAGUGUCCGGGGAACCAGGUGAAGCUGGAGAACAGCACCGUCUGCAGCUGUCCAUCUGGCAUGGUGAAGGACGGAGACAACUGUAGCUGCCCUGGGGGCUUCACUCUGGAGGGGGCCGCAGGGUGUAAAGCAGCUCCCCUGACUACCACAGUUCCUCCGCGCACCAGUCUUCCUCCUCAGUGUCCAGGGAACCAGGUGAAGCUGGAGAACAGCAGCGUCUGCAGCUGUCCAUCUGGCAUGGUGAAGGACGGAGACAACUGUAGCUGCCCUGGGGGCUUCACUCUGGAGGGGGCCGCAGGGUGUAAAGCAGCUCCUCUGACUACCACAGUUCCUCCGAGCACCAGUCUUCCUCCUCAGUGUCCGGGGAACCAGGUGAAGCUGGAGAACAGCAGCGUCUGCAGCUGUCCAUCUGGCAUGGUGAAGGACGGAGACAACUGUAGCUGCCCUGGGGGCUUCACUCUGGAGGGGGCCGCAGGGUGUAAAGAUGUUGAUGAGUGUGAAGCGGGGGGUCAAUGUGGUCUCCACGCCGACUGCACUAACACACCCGGAUCCUACUCCUGUAGCUGUCUCCGUGGUUACCUGAUGGGUGCUGGAGGGUGCAAGGAUAUAGAUGAGUGUGCUCUGGCUGCGGUGACGGGCCUGCAGGCGUGUCACGGCGAUGCUGAAUGCAGAAACACACCCGGCGCCUUCUCCUGCUCGUGUCCUGCAGGAUAUGUAAUGGCUCUAAAUGGACGAAGUUGUGUAGAUGUGGAUGAGUGCAGCUUCGAGGAUCAGUGUCGCCGUGAGCUGGGUAACGAGUGUGUGAACACUCCCGGCAGCUUUACGUGCCGCUGCCGGCCGGGGUUCAGAGCCGAGGCCCCCGCCUGCGUCGAUGUGGACGAAUGCUCAGAGAGUGCUGCGGUGUGUGAUGGUCAGGGUGUGUGUGAGAACACGCUUGGGAGCUACAAGUGUGUGUGUCGACCAGGUUACCGGGGAAACGGCACACACUGCGCAGAUAAGAAUGAGUGUGCGUUAGGCGAUCACGGGUGUGACAUCAACGCUAGCUGUGGGAACAUCAUCGGCUCAUAUUUCUGCCAAUGCUACCAGGGCUUCAAUGGAGAUGGCCACUCUUGUUUUGAUAUUGAUGAGUGUGCUCUGAACAACGGCCACUGCCAACACAACUGCUCCAACCAACCAGGAAGCUUCAGCUGCCGGUGUGCCUCAGGGUACCAGCUGCUGCAGGAUGGACUCACCUGCACAGAUGUGGAUGAGUGUUUGGCAGUGAACGGGACCUGUGAUCACAUUUGCAUGAACACUCGGGGAUCUUUCCAGUGCUCCUGCAGGGCCGGAUACCAGCUGCACAUCGACAGCCACACCUGCGUGGAUAUUGAUGAAUGUAAGCUCCAGCGUGGUGGCUGCUCUCACACCUGCACCAACUCUCCAGGAGGACACAUCUGCCACUGCCUGGCCCCCCUGCUGCUGCACAGCGACAACCACACCUGCAUCAAUGUCACUUCUUGCAAGCUGAGAAACGGUGGCUGUGAACACGUCUGCAGCGUGAGAGCGGAGGGUCAGAUCCGCUGCAGUUGCACAGCCGGCUGGAGGCUGGGCGACGACCAGAGGAGCUGCGUCGAUGUGAACGAGUGCGGGGACUUUACAAACGGAGGCUGUGAGCAGCUCUGUGUGAACCAUCCUGGAGGGUUUCACUGCAGCUGCAGGGGGGGCUACGAGGUGCAAACUGACGACCGCACCAAGUGCAAGCCUGUGUGUAACACUCAGUGUCAGAACUAUGGAGUGUGUGUGGCUCCAAACAGCUGUGACUGUCCUCCAGGCUACCCUGGACUGGGCUGCUCAGCCUCGUGCUCCCCACCCUGUGCUCACGGAGGAACCUGUAUGCGCUGGAACAAAUGUCUGUGUCCUCUUGGCUGGAAGGGAGCAGGAUGCCACACAGCGGUGUGUGAGCUGCCCUGUGCUAACGGCGGUCGCUGUGUGGGGCCUGAAACCUGCCAGUGUCCCUCUGACUACACCGGCCCGCAGUGCCUCCUGCCCUUGUGCAGUCCUGCCUGCAGAAACGGGGGAAGAUGUGUGGAUGUCAACAAAUGCACAUGUGUUGGUGGAUGGCAAGGAGCUCGCUGCCAAAUAGAGCCCGUUCAGUGUCACAAACCAUGUAACAACGGUGGAGUGUGUGUCGGCCUCAACAGGUGCCGCUGCGUCAAAGGAUAUACUGGAAUUCACUGUGAAACGGCUCUGACCACGCCCUGUGUGCCGCCCUGCCAACACGGGGCCACCUGCAGUCCUCACAACACCUGCACCUGUCCAGAGGGGACGGCAGGCCUGCGCUGCGAGAAGCUGACGUGCCCUGUGGUCACCACGGUGGUCAGCAGGGCUCGAGCCGUAAGAAAGGCGUUCAGGGAGAGUUACGUGGACCGCUGCGGACCCCUGGGGGUUCGGCUCUGCACUAAAUACAGGCUGAACCAGGCUCGUGUGUACCUGCAGGCCUACAUGGUGGGCUACAAAACACAGUGUCCAGGGAGGAAGGGCUGAGGAGCCAUGUUGUAAACACAGACAACAGUUUGGGUAACACAAAAACUGAAAUUGGAUGAGUGAGAGGGUGUUGUGGCUUCUCUGAGCUUUUAUGUUAAAAUAAAAAGAGGACAUCACUGUAACAACG